GCUCAAGGUCGUUUGACUACUCCCAAUUGCAGCGUGACUUCAGUACACACACUCACCAGCGCUGUUUACGAUCUUGUCUUCCUCAGUGGCAAGUCAACUAAAAUAUAUUAGUCACUGCAAAGAAGAAAUGUAAAUGGAGUUAAUUUUUCACGAAAAGCAAGACGGUUCCUUAUGUGCCCAACAUUGCCUGAAUGCACUUCUGCAAGGUCCUUAUUUCACAGCAGUUGAUUUAGCCAACAUAGCUAGCCAGUUAGAUGAACAAGAAUCUUCAGCAAUGGGGAGUAGUUGUGGAGCAAUUCCCAGUUUCCAGAACAUGGACGAAACAGGUUAUUUCUCAGUGCAAGUUAUUUGCAAAGCUCUGCAAAUAUGGUCUUUAGAAUUAGUGCCUUUCUUGAGACAGUGUCCCGAAGCAGAGCUAGCCAGAGAAAAUCCGGCUGGACAAAAAGCUUUCAUUUGUCAUUAUCAGCAUCACUGGUUCACGAUAAGAAAGAUUGGAAAUCAAUGGUUCAAUCUUAAUUCAAUACUUCCUGCACCAAGAUUGAUCUCUGAAACUUAUCUUACCACUUAUUUAGCUCAAUUGAAGGAAGAAGGCAAUUCAAUAUUUUUUAUUAUUGGUACCUUGCCUGAAUGUGAAGCUGAUCAAGUAUUAUCUAUAUGUCCUGUUACUGAGGACAAUGUGAUCAGGUAUUCUUUAGCUCAACAAGACAAAAGCAAAAGUCAAGAUGAUGUAGAGGCUGUUGUAGCUAUGAGUCAGACAGAAUUUGAUGAAGAAGAUGUAACACUUAAACGUGUUUUAGAAUCUUCUGAAAAUGACGAUCCAGAUUUACAACGUGCUUUACAAAUUUCAGCAGAUGAGAAUAAAGAUAUGUUUGACAUGGAAUUACAAAAAGCAAUAUCUAUUAGUUUGACAGCAUUAGGUGGUGAUACUAAUUCUGGUCGGGAUGUAACUGCAGUCGUCAGCACAACCACAACCACUACUCCUCCUCCUCCUCCCACUACUACUACUACUACUUCUACUAGCCAUACAACAAACAGAACAGUAAUACCAGCUGAAGAAAUUCGUAGAAAUAGACAAGCAUUUUUAGAUAGAUUCUCUUCUAACUCUGAAACAUAA